UAUUUAUUUAAUUAUUUCACUAUUUACUUUAUCAUUUCAUGGUCCCUACACCAGCAGUGCAUCAUGAAAUCAUUUCAUCUGUCACUGCUGCUCGUCAAAGUUUCUAACAUCUGAUUGGUUACUCAGCAAAGCAAGUCAUGACAGAUCGAUCCCAGAUAAUGGAUUGAAGCAGUGAAUGCACUCCGAUACGUUAGGUGACAGUGUUCAUCCGUAUAUUCGUUUCGGUACGCUCUUCAUUUGUCGCCGAAAAAAUAGUUGCUGAUGAUACAAGUGAAGACGGAUCAAUCAGCUCACCAUUGGUGCAAAGUGUUAGUGCAGGAUGUCCAAAAGCUCUCCGGAGCACAGGUACAGCAGAUACCUGUCGCUACACCACGUACACCUGUUCAAGGUAGGUAAGGAUAGCCAGAUGUGCUUCUAAACGAAGCUAGCUAGUCGGCAGAAUGGUGUUAGCAUGUCAGCAGCCCUGAAGUUGGACUUUUAUCACUUCUUUCUUUUUAGUUGUUGUUUGCUUUCUUUAUUACAUUUAUCAGGACUUAAGGAUGUUUUAGCUGAGUGGCGAUCAUGGGAGCUGUAACAUUUUCUCUGUGUUGCAGCCGAAGUAGCAAGGCUGUUUGCUCCAUACAACAACAACAACAACAACAACAACAACAACAACAACAACAACAAGGCUGAUAAAGUUCCAAGCAUUCAGCUUAAAGCAGACCUUCUUGCUUCAGGACUUGGAGAACAAAGGUGAUCUUUUCAGGAAAUGACAACGAUCCCAUGGUUGUAACAAACAAACUGAUGGAGGUGUUUCCAAAGCUGCAAGAAGGGGGAGGCUUUGAGUUUCUAAAAAUUGCAGGAUCUACUCGCAGUCGAAAUCUUGGACUUCUUCAAUGUCCCAGCACAGGAUACACCCUUACCUAUCUAAAAGAUCCAUCUCCAACAAUUGGACAGGCUACAAUUGACAUACGCCCACUUCAACAGGACCUACCCAUUGAUUCAGUAUGGAAAUUUACACUGUCACCAUUUGAUACAUAGUUCAAAUAAAUUGCACUGUGGAGUUUUAAUCAAUACUUAACAGAUUUGUUGUUCUUAGGAAAGCUCGGGACAUGCCUCUGGUCCAGAAGGAGGUUCCCUUCUCUGAAAUGAAACUGCACCGAGCUAACUGGGAUGGCUAUGCACUUGUUAAAGAUAUAUAAGAAUUACAUAUUCAUUUUUCAAUAAGAAAUGUCUUUUUAGUUUUUGUGCACACAGAUGAGAGGAAAUGACUAUAACAUUUUCUGAACUUCAAGGACCCCCAUGCAGGAAACACAUAGAGAAGGAGAGGGAGACCGUGGUGAGGAGAAUGAUAGAGAGCCACCCACUGACAGGGACAGCGUUCCAGUGAGGCCUGAAACAUCUGUAGAGAGUGAAGUAGAACCAGUAGUGAUUGAAAACUGGAAGAUUAUUAAAGAACCAACUCUGGCUGCCCAAGUUUUCAAAGAUAAUCUACUAAGUGAACAUGCAACCGGGAAGCCUCUUAAACUGAAAAUGGAUGUAAGGGAGCGUGAGGAGGACAGGGAACGGGCACUUCUCUCAUUCUAUAAACAGCAACAGGAAUGGGCAUGUCCACUUCAUUGUACCCUUGAUGUUUUAUAGGUGAUGCUGCUGUUGGACAGGGAGUGAUGCGGUACUUUCUGACAACAAUAAUAUCCAAACUCCAGUUUGGAUUCAGAAUGAAUCUUGGAGGAGUGGGCCAAACUCUGCUAUUUGAAGGUGAGCCUGACCAUCUCGUUCCAGCUGCAUCAGAGGUGCUUAUUGAGAGCAACCUCUUCCGGGUUGCAGGAAGGAUGAUAGCCCACUCCUUUUUGCAUGAUGGCCCCCAUGUCACCGGAUUAAGUCCUGCUGUUAUUCAUGUACUGUUCAAUGGGGACCCUGAAAUGGCAACAAUUGUUGUCGAGGACUGUCCUGAUCUGCACAUCAGGAGUAUUAUAACAAUGCUUGAACUUGAAGAACUUACUCAGGAACAGAAGGACACAGUGUCAGAUCUUUCCCUGUCUUGGGAUCUCCCAGCAGUCACUAAAACGAAUCAGAGGUGGCUACAUAACAAACUUCUAGUACACGCGGUCAUCGGGAGGACCAUGCGCCAAAUUAAACAGUUGAGAAAGGGAUUGAAAGAUGUGAUGCUAUGGCCCCUGCUGACAUCAAGGCCAGAUGUUGUCCCACUUCUUUUUCUGAAAAUGGCAGGAAUGCAGUUUGUACCCCAGAUGUUCCUAGACAAAAUCACAUGGCCUGUGGAGGACAGUGAUGAUGAAGAACUUGACAUUGAGUGCAAGUGCCGCAUCACUGGUUUUCUACGGAUGUUCAUUGAAACAGCUUCAUCAGAUACUCUGGCUCAGUUGCUGAAGUUCUGGGUCGGCUGGGAAAUGCUCCCUCCAGAACUCAAAGUGGAGUUUUCCGGGGGAACCUUCCCAUCAUCCUCCACAUGCUUUGAAACACUGAAGCUGCCAGCUCAUUACAACACCUACAAAGACUUUGAGGAAGCACUUGUUGCUGCCAUAGACAGUGCACACACUGGAUUUGCUCUUGUUUAAGUAUUUUCAGGCAAUGAUGUUGCUGUGCUUUUAUUCAGUAGAAAAAGGUCAAUUUGAGUGAAGUGAGUUCAGUGUUUUUCUAACAUUUCAAAUACAGUGCAGUAUUUUCUUUCCCUGAAAAUGACACUGCUUUGUUGUUGCUCUUCUGUCAACUGUUUGAUACUUCAGUGUGCAUCACCUUGCUGUCCUUGCCUGUUGUCAUUGGCUACAUGAGGUUGUUGAAAUAUCUCUUGAUGCUAGAAAAAUUGGUUUUAUUUGCAUUAAAACAGCAUAUUAUUAUUUCAGAUUUUUAUUGACAAAUCAAGUUAACUAAUUCAUGAGUGACAUUUGCACAAUAAAUAAAAUAAAAGGCCUGCUUAA